AUGCCACCAGAUUUGAAUUCUCUUCCUCCAUCUCGCUCGUCUUCAAUAUCAUCCUCGAUCGCGCAACGCAACAUGGCUGCUACUACCGGGACUGGCCCGGCGCCCGUGAACCCCAAUACUGCUUCACCAAGGACCUCCCGUGGCUCGAGCAUAGGAGGGAGACUAUCGGUAUCUGAGCGCCGUCGGUCCACGGCCGGCCUGAAUCUAAAUCCGAACGAGAUGCAAGGCACCGGUCCGGGACAUAACGGCGAGUACCCUGCUUCAGACCACCGCAGCUCUAUCGGACAUGCAUUCCGCACCGCCAGCCCAUCUAGCCACGGUGGGAGCCCUAUCUUUGCAACAGCAGAUCCCCAUCAUCAGCGGGCACCCUCGCUGGGAGAAUUGCACCAAGAGCUGGAGCAAGAACAGGAAGCACAAGUGAACCGAUUGCUUCAAAUGAUCCGUAGCCAACAGGCUCAGUUACAUCAAUACCAGCAACAACAGAACCCGCAGUCAACAGCGGCAAUCGAUGACACAACACCGGCAUCGGAACGGUCAGCAUUCUUUCCACCGGUCCCUGCGGCACCGCCAGCCGGCAACAGAUUAUCGAUCUCGUCCUCGUUCUCAAACCGAAGACCGUCGAGACCCUCUAGUCAGGCAGCAUCGCCGAAUCUGCGGCCAUUAGACUCGCGCGGACCAGAAGGCGUGGAACCAUUCCCGGGAUUGCGGGAUAAUCUCUCUCGGCGUGGCAGUCGAGAUGAGAGUGCAUUUUACCAGGCCGAAGCUAGUUCUUUAAGCCGAGAAAAUACCCUUCUUCGGCAGCGAAUUCGGGAACUAGAGAGACAAAUCGGAGAACUGUCGGCUGCCCAGAGUGCACCUUCUGCGACAACUGCUUCGGGCAUGGCGUCUGGACAAGCGGAGGCCGAACCCGCGGAUCUGCCUGCCAUCGCUUCAACCCGAGAUGGCAAAGACUGA